UAGGGCUAUCUCCACACAAACAUUAUUUACUCGAGUCGAUGUAAGAAAACUGUUGAAAAAGUUAAGUGUGUAGUCAGUAGUCACAUUCUUAAACCUACAGUUAAACCUAUUUCAUAAAUAUGAGCCGGAAAGAAGCCCUGACAGCUUUUAUUCAGCAAAUUCACGGUCGACCAGUCGUCGUUAAACUCAACAGCGGAGUUGAUUACAGAGGUGUGAUGGCUUGCAUCGAUGGUUACAUGAAUAUUGCACUAGAACAGACUGAAGAAUACGUCAACGGCGAGCUUAAAAAUAAAUUUGGCGAUUCCUUCAUCCGAGGCAAUAAUGUGUUAUAUAUAAGCACCCAAAAAAGAAAACUGUAAUAUAUUUAAGUUAUUUAUGUAAUAUAUAAAUAUAAGCAAUCACCAA